CAGUCAACGGUACAAUAGAGCUGAUGGUACCGCUUAACGAAAGCGUUAUGGUAACGUCCGAUCUCUUCCAUAGCAGCCGUGGCAAUCAACAGUUCAAUCACUAUCCAGUAAAGUUUCCUACCCAGAACAUAUGCGAGUUUUUGGACAACUUUUAUACAGACUACAGCGAGUAUGUAGACGAUUUGGAUAACCUACCGGCGAAAGGCGAGUGUCCGAUAAAACCUUGCAAGAUCGACAUACUCAACAAACCUUUUCCAGCCAAAGCGGUACCUCCAUUUUUCCCACCGGGACUAUGGAAGGCACAAAUCAAACUGACGAUGAACGACGUUGAGAUCGCACGGUUUGAGCUGAUCAUCAAGGCUAGGGAAGAUCUCGGAAUCUGACCGCACUAUCCUUUCCUACGAUAUCGACGGACUUCUUUCAUAGCAGUCGCGGUAACCAACAGUUUAAUCACUAUCCAGUAAAGCUACCCACUCGCCAUGUUUGCGAAUUUAUGGACAACUUCUAUGCCGACUAUAGCGAGCACGUGAGGGACAUGAUCAACAUGCCGGAAAGGGGCGAGUGUCCGAUUCGACCACGCACCAUCUACGUAGUUAAUAAGCCGUUUCCAAAAGAAGCUGUUCCUCCAUUUUUCCCGCCAGGGCUGUGGAAGGUACAUCUCAUCAAUUCGGUACAAAAC